AUGAAUUUUAUUAAGGGUAUAUUCAAUAAAGUUGUAGGAACAUAAUAACCAUUAGUAGAUUAAGAGAUAUUUGAUUUUGUAAUCUUAGGAACACUCUUUAAAUAGGAUGAAGCUAAAUAUACUAAAUUGUAAGUAUUUUUAUUAAAUGCUUAGAUCAUCUAAUACAGAAUUUGUAUUUGAUAAAUUAACAAAUGAUGAGUUUGAUCAUAUUUUGAUUGUUCGAUUGUAGAGAGCCUCUAAAUCAUAUAAUAAUACUGUUAGUUAAAAAGAAGGAGACUUUUAUUUUAAUAUUUCUUUUUUUAAAUCAAUUUACCAUUCAGCAUUAAGUGAUGAAGUGGAAGAGUUCAGUAUAGAUUUAAUGUAUAAUUUUAAUCUUUAAUUUAGAGAUAUAUAAGGUAUUAAAUGGAGUUUAAGGAUGCAUUUUUUAAAGAAUACAAAGUCAGACAAUUUAAAAAUUUAAAAUUUUAAAUUGUUUUUAAGUAAAUUAAUUUGGAUUUAGAGGAACAAAAAGGCGCUUCCAAAAAAUUUGAAUGAAUUAAAUGAUGCAAUUCCUGCAAAAUAAUCUUCUAAAUUGGAAAUGCAUAAUUUAGUAUAAUAGAAAUAGAUGAAGAAAACUUUAAAGAAAGUAGAUAGAUCAAUUUUAUCAUAAUCUACAAAUAGAAAUAGAUAAGAGAAAGAAAUUGUAGGAGAUGUUAUUAAUUAUUUUUUACAAUCAGAUAUUGAUUCUAUUAAAUAAAUAUAUGCUGGAAAAUUAUAUGUCUUAUAUCCUGAAUUAGCAGAAAUUAGACUUAUUAAUCCAUUAGUUAUUAUGGCAUUAAAUAUUAUAUCUAAAACUGAGUGUAGAAUGGAAUUAUAUAAUUAAGAUAGACAAUUAUUAUUAAUUUAGUCAUUAAAAGAAUUUAUCAGUUUUGAAGUAGAUAAAGAUGAGAAUUAUUUAAGUUGGGUUUAUUUUGAUGGAUACAAUUCAAUUGUAAUAUAUUUCAAAUUUGAUGUUUUGGAUGGAGCAACAUCAAUGGCCUUUAUAUUAUAAAGAUCAAGAAUAAAUAUGAAAAACAAAAAGAAUUUAUAAUUAGAUUCAUCAUCUUCAUCUAUUUAAUUCUCAACAGCAACUACAAUUAAUUUAAAUGAGACAUAAGUUUAAUAAAUUUAAUAAAAAAAAUAGAAAAAAUAUAUUUAUCGAGAUGACUUACAUACAAUAAAAGAAGGUUUGAAAACAACAAAAACUAAAUCAAUUAUUAAUUAUGAAAAUGAUAAUCUAAUAAUUUUAGAAGAUAGAAACAUUACAUUUAUUAAAAAUAAUAAAUUCUUUUAGAUUGAUUAAUAAAUUAAAUUUGAUAAAACAUGUCUAGGUAAUAAUUCAUAAAAAUUAAUCCUUUAUUAAUAAUUUUCAUAAGAAUUACAUUUAAUUAAUUUAGGAACUGAAACCUAAGAAAUUGUUAAGUUAAAUUUUUAGAUAGCAGAUGUUUGUUCUUUUGAAAAAUAAUUCAUAUUGUUAAAUAAUUCAUCAGUAUAUAUUCUAAAUGAAGACAAAACUAUUUAAAAAAGUAAAUAAUAAAACUUAAUAGAGUAGUUAAUUAAAUUGAUUAAAACUUAAAGGAUCAUUAUAUAAUUAUAAGAAGUUCAAUAAAUGGAUCUAUUGUAAUUGGAACUUAAUAAGGGAUAGUGUUUGUAUUUGAUAAUAUUAAAACAAUGAAAUAAGUCAAUAGUUUUGAAGGAUUAGGAGAUCCCAUUAAAGAUAUUGUAUUAAGUGCAGAUGAAAAGUAAAAUAUAAUCUUAUAUUAGAUUUAUUAUUAUUAACAAUUCUCAAUAUAUUUAGUUUUAAUAAAUAAUAACAAAUCACCAAAAUGGUUAUUAAUAGCAUUUAGAUUUAAAACCAUUUCCAAUUAGAGUUUAAUUAAAUCCAGAAGAUUUGAUUUUAAUGGGAAUAUUUAACUAUCCAAAUUUUUAGCAUGUCAGAAUUGAUAAAAAUAAUAAAGUUAUUGCAGCUUAACUAGAAAAUUUGUAAGUGAUUUGGAAUAUUGAAUAGAUAAUUAAUCAAUCACAUAAUUCAUAUCAAGUAAUAAUUAGAUGAUAAAUUUAGAUUUUCAUUCUACCAGAAGAAAUAUUUGAUUAGUAAUUUAAAGAUCAAGAUUUACUAAUUCUUUCAGAAUCAAAUUUAUAUACAAGAGAAUGUGAUUGA